AUGACCUCAGCACAUUCUGGAAAGAGAUAUAUAAAGUCUUUGAACGAUCUCAACGAUGAAGCAGAGAUCGAAAAGGCCUUUCGACAGACAUUUCAAGAGGCACAGAGGACUGUCUCUGUACACAAAACUCAGGUGGCUAUUUUGAGGACGAUCUAUCAAAGGUGCCAAGAAAUAGGGCAUUCCGACCAAUUCAACAAUUUAUUCUGCCGACUAUUGAACAAAAUUCUACCAGUUAAGAGGAAUGAGCCUGUGGCGGACCGGAUUGUUAAGUUUGUCUCUUCUUUUACUACUGCCAUCAACCCCAGUCUCAAAAGGGAUGGCACUGAAGAAGAAUCAACAGAGAUCGAUCAGGAAGAAGAUGAUGCCUUUAGUAAUUUUAUUGCUGCUUUGACAACUCAUCUCAUGAAGGGUUUAGAUGCUUCCAACAAAAACGUUAGAUACGGGGUGUGCCAUCUAUUGUCACAUUUAAUGCAUAAUAUGUCUGUUAUUGACAAAGAUCUGUAUGAUUCACUCAGCCAGGAGCUACUUAAUCGAAUCUACGAUAAAGAGCCAAGUGUCAGAAUCAAAGCCAUUACUACCUUGGCCAGUUUUCAAGAGCCUGAUGGAACGGAAACGAUCAGUGAUGCCGCCAGAAGGAUCAAAGUCAUUAUGCAAAACGAUUUAAAUCCGGAAGUGAGGCGUGCGUGCCUCAAGCAGCUUGAGAAGAACGAAUACACCAAGCCAUACAUUUUUGAGAGAGCCCGAGAUAUCAACAGCGUGAACAGAAGGCUCAUUUUCUCCUUUGUUCUCCCCCGAUUCGGAGACUUCCGGACGAUUGGCGCCGAAGAUCGUAAUCGUCUCUUGGCCUGGGGACUCAGAGACAGAGACGAAACGGUUCGCAAGGCUGCUGUUAAAUGGCUUACCGACUCAUGGCUACCCACAUUGAACAACGAUUUACUUGAGUUCGUAGAGAGAUUGAAAGUUAUAGACAGCGAGAUUGCAGAGACUGCAUUGCGAGCCUUGGUUGAUCAUAAGCCUGAAAUCAUCAAGAAGCUGUCCUUCAAUCAGGAUGUGCUGAAAAACUUGACUAGUGAAUAUGCCUUACUUUACAGAGUGUUCUUCCAGUACUGUAACGAUAAUCAUUUGGAUGAUAUACUGGACAAGAAAUUUCCAGAAGCUGCAGAGUUUGUUGAGGUUUUACAAUUCUAUUUCAAGCAGAGAGCUGCCAAUUUGAGAAAAAUUGAAGAGCAUAAGGAGGAACUUCAACAGUCAGAGGUGACCGCAGAGAAGUUGGAAAUUAUAGACCCAGAGGAAUAUGAUUUUGUGAUUCUUCAGCUUCUCAUCAUUGCCUCUGAGUAUGAUUAUCAUGAUGAGUUUGGUCGAAGCAAUAUGCUUAAUGUUCUUAGAAGUAUUCUUUCCCAGGAGGGACUCAAUGAGAAGAUUGUUAACGUUCUCAUUCUAUGUAUCAAAAAGCUUUCUAUUAGCGAGCGUGACUUCUCCCAGAUGAUUGUGGAAAUUAUCAAUGAUAUUAGAGAUACUGCAUACGAGAAGCUUUCCAAAAGUUCCGCUGUAUCUGCUGGACAUGGGCCUGUUGACGAAUCGAUUGACCAGAAUGAUGAUGAUGAUGAUGAUGAUGAUGAUGCUGCUGCUAGUGAUAGUGAUGAUAGCAACAACGAUGACGAGUUUGUGGAUGCUGCCACCAGUCUGUCAAGGGCAUCCAUCAGAAGCGCUAACAAGUCCAGGGAGAAAGAGCUUGAAAAGGAGACCAAGCAGGUGGCUGCAUUACCAUCGCAUGUUCUUGUAGAGUGUCUCGUCAUUGCUAAGAGAAUGCUUGAAUUGGUCAAAGAGCCGUUGAGUGAUAACAUGUACUUAGAGUCGAUAUUGCAUAAUCUUAUUCGGCCAUCAUUACAGAGGAGUGAGGUUGAAAUCAGAGUUUUAUCGCUUACAUCAAUGGGACUUUGCUGCAUUCUUGACAAAGACCUCGCUAUUCGAAACAUGUUUCUUUGCGGUGUGUUUAUUACGAAGAGUGAUAAUGAUCAGUUAAUUAUGGUCGGUUUGAAAGUAAUAGCUGACUUACUUGCGGUUCACGGAGUCUCAAUUUUGGGAGUAGAUGUGGAGGGUAGUAUUGAUGCUAUGGCUGUGGCCAAGCUCUUCUAUAGAACCUUGAGAGAUAACAAAAGGAAGGAGGUGCAGGCUGUUUCUGGUGAAGCUCUCUACAAGUUAUUUCUUUCUGGGAUCAUCAACGACGAUGAAUUAUUUGAGACAACAUUGCUUGCGUACUUCAAUCCUUCUAUCAACGACAAUGAGGCAUUAAAGCAAUGCCUCUCUUUCUGCAUUCCUGUGUAUGCAUUUUCUCAUGUGGCUCAUCAGGAGCAGAUAUCACGUGUGGUUUCAGAUACCCUAUCCCGUCUUUUUGACAGUUGGAGCGAGAUGGAGGAAGAGGCGGGAACAGCAAAAACGUUGAAUCCUCAGAGUGUUAUUCAACAGAUUAUGUAUUGGACAGAUCCGUACAGAGUUGUAAACCGGGAUCCAGAAGAUGCGGAGAAGAGUUCGGUUCAGAUCGAUGUUGGCUUGCAAUUAUUGAGUGUUCUAUCUCGAUACGAUGUCAGUUCUCCGUGUAAGCCAUUUGUCAAGGCUAUCUUUACAAUGUUACCUAAACUAACAUUUACCGAGCUCGCAGGAUUGGCCAAACUCCAAGAGUUGUUGACCGCUUUAAAUAGUGACGACAUCUUGCAAGGAGACCUUGAUGAGGCGCUUAAAAAUUCAUAUUAUAGGAACUCAUAUGGGAAGUUUAAGUUAUAUGUUGAGGAGUGCGUUGAGAAGGCCAAAGAGCUGGAGAAUGUUAAAGGGGAAGCGAAAGUGGUGGAACAUAAUGGCGAAGACGAAGUCGUGGAUGAUGUUUUAAAGAGUGAUGAAUUACUUGGUCAGAGCUCAUUGAUUGCUAAUGCAUCUAGCAGUAACUCCGUGAAGCUGGAAGAGUCGGAUAUAUCAGUUUCGAAUAGUUUUGAAAAUCGGAAGAGAAACAUACAGGGCUCUGAUAAACCUUCUAAGAGAGUCAAAGGCCAGAAAGUGAAGGAAGAGGAGGUGGAAGAGGAGGUGGAAGAGGAGAAGAAAGAGGAGGUGGAUGAAGAGGGGGUGGAUGAAGAGGAGGUGGAUGAAGAGGAGGUGGAUGAAGAAGACGAAGACGAGGAAGAUGAAUACACGGAAAUUCUAGAAGAGAAAAACGCAGUUACAUCUCUACUUGAUGACGAUACUUUGGGAUGUGGUAUUCUAACGACCUAUGCUCAAGUGGCCAACAUUGCUGGUAUUCAGGGUUUGUUGGUGUAUGCCCUUACUGGUGCAGUUCCCAUCGUUUUGUUUGCGUUCUUUGGCCCUCUCAUCCGGAAAAGGUGUCCAGAUGGGUUUGUGCUUACUGAAUGGUGUUAUCAGCGGUUUGGUGUGUUUACAGGGCUCUACCUCUCAUUGUUCACUAUUCUCACCAUGUUUUUAUUCAUGGUGUCUGAGUUAACUGCCAUUAACGGAGCUAUUAAUGCUCUUACCGGAUUGGACGCAACCCCCUGUAUUGUCGUCGAAUGCGUAGUUACUACUAUUUAUACCUUUUUGGGAGGCUUUAAAGUGUCCUUCACUACAGAUACUUUCCAGGCUCUUUUUGUCUUGGUGUUACUCGUUGUCGGUGUUAUUGGUUAUGCUCUCAAUAUUCAUGUGGACUCAGAGAUUAAGCACGCCACAAAGUCUGCAAUGUUGGGCUCCAAUAAAGUGGGUUGGAUGCUUUUGUACAUCUUGUUAGUUGCCAUUAUUACCAACGAUGCUUUUAUGUCGGGAUUUUGGUUAAGGACAUUUGCUGCUAAAACAGACAAAGACCUUUUGAUUGCGUGUAGUAUUGCGUCCUUUGUCUGUGCGGUCAUCUGUACCUUGGCCGGAUUACCCGGUAUUUAUGCGGUUUGGACUGGCGAUUUGACAAUAGGUGAUGAUAAUGGCUAUAAUGCUUUUUUCAUAUUGUGUGCUUCUAUGGAAAAUUGGAUCAUUGGAGUGGUGUUGGUGUUUUCGGUGGCUUUGUCUACCUGUACCUUUGACUCUUUGCAAAGUGCCACUGCAUCUUCUAUCUCCAAUGAUAUUUUUCGUAAUAAGUUUAACGUGAUGUGGGCUAGAGUUGUUGUUGUCAUUAUCAUGGUUCCAUCUUUGGUUGUGGCCAUUGAGGCCUCGGCUAAUGUUCUUCAAAUCUACUUUAUUGCAGAUUUGGUGUCCUCUUCUGUCAUUCCAAUCAUGUUUCUUGGUCUAUGGAAUAAGAUGUACUUCCUUAGGGGCUUGGACGUCAUUGUUGGUGGUUUGGGUGCUCUCUUAGCUGUGUUUGUGUUUGGUACUAUCUACUACGGCUCAGCCAAAGAAGGUGGUAAAUUGCUACUUAUCUGGAACGGAAUUUAUUCUGCAAGUGAUUGGGGUGGUUUCGGUGCCUUUGUUAUCGCUCCAUUUGCAGGUAUUCUAUUUGGAAUGAUGUGUAGUGGUGUGCGAAUCGGUAUUCUUAGACUCUACUCGAAGCAUACUGGUCGUCCAUUCACAGCAUUGGACAAGCCCUUCAAAUUGGCCUUUGGUGUUCCUCAACAUGUGAUCGAUGCCGAUUCUGAUGACACCGUUGACGUUGAGAGGAUUACCGUAGGAGAGAAGAAGAGCAAGAAGAAGCUGUUACUUGAAUCGUUUAUCUAA